UAUGGAAGAAACAAUCGGAACAACAAAUGCCAAUUCUCACAAGCGACUUAAUUCUUUCUCUGACUAUGGAAAAUUGGAUCGAACAUUAUACCCAGCGGAACGAAAACGGUUUCUCACUUUUUCUGAAAGAAAUACAUGUGAACGAGUUCGAAAUUUCACAAAAACAAAACGGGGCAUCAAAAAUCGUGGAGACUUUCUUCGACUCUCCUCAUCAAGUUCUUUGUCUAAUGUGGAAACUGAUGGACAAGGAAGAAAAGUUUCUGCAUUAUCUCUAUUUUCAUACACAAGUGAAGAUUGCUUCGAAGAAAAUUCAGCUCGCGGGCAACGGUUCAGAAUUGUAUUGCAUGGAAUCCCGCGAGUUGGGAAAUCGUGUUUUCUUAAACAAUUGAGAACUUCCGAGUUCCUAGGAGCAUGUCCUGAUGGUCCUGAUUCUUCUUGUAUCACCGUCCCUGUAAUAUUAGACGGCAAAGAAUCCAUCCUUGAUUUCGUUGAAGCUCAUAUGUAUAUUCAAAAUUAUGGAUGGAAUCGCACUUACGACGCUUUUGUAAUGAUGUUCUCUGUCACAGAUAAAAGAUCGUUUCAUUAUAUCGCAAACAUAGUAGAGCAGAUUAGGAAAGAGGUUGGCGACACCAAGCCCAUCUACAUAGUUGCCAACAAAACAGAUCUCAUAAGAUUUCGGGAAGUUUCUUCUCAAGUUGGAAUGAAGUUUGCAAAGAACAACAAUUGCUAUUACGCUGAAGUUUCGGUGCCCCUGCAAUUGAAUGUUGAUAAACUACUGGUGGACAUCACAGAUCAGCUUGAGCGCUGUUAUAAGACAAACAACACAGAAACAACAGUUAAACCUUCUAUGAAUACCCAAUCAGGGAAACACCAAGGAGGGAGAUCAUUCAAAAAAUCGAGAUUCUCACUAUUUUCAAGAUUACGAAAACUCUUUUUUAAAAAUACUUAGAAGUUGUUCCCUGAAUCAUGAUGUGUCUAUUUCGUAUUUUAAAGUUUGAUUAUUACUAAUAAUCAUUAGUACCAAACUCGUAUGUUUUACAUGUAAAUAUGUAUUCAUUCUGAUAAGCUAAUGGAAAUAAAAUAUGCUUCUUU